AAGGCAGGGCUCGCACUUCAGCUGUGCAUUGACGUUAUUUGAAUUCUUCUGCGGGCAUUACGGAGCCCUUUCUGCCUUUUGCACAGUCAGGACAGGGAGAGGGUGCGGAGGAGCAGAUGCAUUCGCUGCCGUGUGGUGUGCAUGCAAAAUGGGCACGGUGCAGGAGAACCGCAGCUGAUUUGCAGCGCAAAAUGAAAUGAAACUUUUGCAGAACUCCGGGGACGAGAUGAAAGGCAAAAAGAGAAACCCUGGGCUGAAAAUUCCUAAAGAAGCAUUUGAGCAACCACAGACGAGCUCCACGCCACCCAGGGAUCUAGACUCCAAAGCCUGCAUCUCUAUUGGUGAGGAGAACUUUGAGGUGAAAGCCGAUGACCUGGAGCCCAUCUCGGAGCUGGGACGAGGUGCAUAUGGGGUGGUGGAGAAGAUGCGGCACAUGCCUAGCGGGCAGAUCAUGGCAGUGAAGCGCAUCCGAGCCACGGUGAACAGCCAAGAACAGAAGAGGUUAUUGAUGGAUCUGGAUAUCUCCAUGAGGACGGUAGAUUGCCCCUUCACCGUCACUUUCUAUGGAGCACUUUUCCGAGAGGGAGACGUGUGGAUUUGCAUGGAGCUGAUGGAUACCUCACUGGACAAAUUCUACAAGCACGUCAUUGACAAAGGCCUGACAAUUCCUGAGGACAUCUUAGGGAAAAUAGCUGUCUCUAUUGUAAAAGCACUAGAACAUCUACACAGUAAGCUCUCCGUGAUCCACAGAGAUGUAAAGCCCUCUAACGUGUUGAUCAAUACGCAGGGGCAGGUGAAAAUGUGCGAUUUUGGAAUUAGCGGUUACCUCGUUGACUCGGUUGCUAAAACCAUGGAUGCUGGAUGCAAACCCUACAUGGCUCCUGAAAGAAUUAACCCGGAGUUGAACCAGAAGGGGUACAGCGUCAAAUCUGAUAUCUGGAGCCUGGGGAUCACAAUGAUCGAGCUGGCCAUCCUGCGCUUUCCCUACGACUCCUGGGGGACGCCCUUCCAGCAGCUCAAGCAGGUGGUGGAGGAGCCGUCGCCGCAGCUCCCGGCAGACAAGUUCUCAGCAGAGUUCGUCGAUUUUACCUCGCAAUGCUUGAAGAAGAAUUCCAAAGAACGGCCAACAUACCCAGAGCUUAUGCAACAUCCUUUCUUCACCCUGCACGAAUCCAAAGAGACAGACGUCGCCUCUUUUGUCAAACUCAUCCUGGGAGACUGAGAACUGGACUUUAUAUGAAUUGCCCUUCUGUGGACUGGUGGGUGCAGGGGAGGGGCGCGUGGCAGGACUUGUCAUGGAAGCACCAACAGAAAGUCGCCGUGUUUUGUUUUGUUUUGUUUUUAUUCUGAGAAACCCCCGCCUCGCCGAAGUUUUUAAAAGGGUUCUUUGGUAUCCAUAGUGACAUAGAACGAGCUGGUUAGUGAAAUGAAUUCUAAUAAGGUUGGUAACCUUGAAACAGAAGCAAAACAACAACAACAACAACAACAAAAUCUAAGAGUGAUUUACAUAUUUAAUGACAGUCAGAAUCCCUCUUCCUAACUUUCUCCUCGUUCCCUUUCCCUUCCUCCUGAACAGGAAUUUGCUUUGUCAUGGUAAUAGGUGCUAUGGUAGUCAUGAAGUUGUAUGUAGAUUUAUAUUUUGUCCCUUCCAUUAUUUUAAUAUUUAUGUUAAGUGCUUGAUGGAAUAGAUUUCUGUUUUAUAUGAGGAUGAAUGUGUGGUGAUGAUGGUGAUGCUAAAUGAGGCCACAGCAAGCAAUAGUCCUAGGGCUUUGCUGGGGAAAAAGGUGCCAGAGGGAAAGAGAAAGAAGAGAAGUGUCUGUGUUGUGGAUAAUAUUUAAUGUGCAUCCUAAAAAGAAUUUAUAGACAAGGAUCUCAGUUCAGCUCUUCGAGCUGCCUUCAUAGGGUGCGAGGCAGCAUUGCUGUGCUGGAGGGAGCCCUGGCAUUCCGUGAGGUCACCUCACCUCCAGAGACCGUGCUCUGAGCCCUGGCAGCCUGAUGCCCAUGGUGCUGUGCCAGCCUCUGCACGGGGAAAGCCCCUGCCCUACGUCCCACCCUCUACCCUGCAGGACUGGGCAGGUGAUGAGGUCUGGGGUGGGAAGAUAUUGUUGGGUGAGUUUCUGGGAUAGGAGUCCCAGAGGGAAACGACUUGUCCGGAACGUUGCACAAAGACCAGGAGGAGCCUGGUCCCCACCUGCCCUCAAGCCCAGCAGCGUUGCAGUGUCUGGGGCUCACCUGGGCUGGGGAUGUGCUGCUUUGGGCCUAAAAGGGCACUCCUCUCACCUCCUCCAGAUAAGAAAGGCAAACAAUCUACACAGUGGGACGUCUGAAAAAGCAGGGAUAGCUCAGCGCAGGUUUCCAGGGUUCUCAGCACUGCCUCAGCAGCAAUCUCCCUGUGUUUGCCUGCAGACUUCAGGACUGCUCCCCUGGAGCCUGUGCUGGCACGUGAUUUGGGCCAUGUCCACCUCUGACUGGAAUACUGGAGGCAGCCGGGAGUGCCAGGCUCCACCAUGGGCUGCAGGUGUCCCCUCACCAGUGCAGCAGCUGGGAAAACCAUGCAGGGAAACCACAGCCCACCUGUCCCAGGAGCUUGUUGCUGUUGGCCGAGUCCUCAGAGAAAAGCUGCUAGCCAAGGGCUGGAGUGUGAAGGCUGUCUGGGUGGGAGGGGGAAAGCAGAGAGGGGGAACCCACUCUGCUUUUAGGUAACAUGGUUACUUUCCAGAGAAGGGAGGACCAAGCGCUGCGAGGCAUUGCUGCAUCUGGAGCAAGGCCACUGGCACUAGCUUGGUGCUGGUUUGACUGAGCCAGACCUGCACAGCUGCAUCACCGGGCUAUGAGUCCUUUGCCUUUGCCCGUGGCUCCUUCCCCCAGCCCUGCAGGGUGCCUGUGUGCAUGGCUGCACUGCAGCCUGCGUGUGUGCCUCGUGCCCCUCUGCAUGCUUCCCGUCCCCACCCAUCACUUGUGCACAAGUUCUCGGAGCCAAAUCCUAACUGGAAGCAUGCCAUGCCCUGGCAAGACGGUUGUGCAGGAUGUUACUCAGCCUGGAAUACAGCCCUUCUCUCCUAGUUUAGUGGCAUCAGUCUCCAUUGGUGUAGGCUGGGUUUCAGGACUAUCCUGAGCACCCACCUGGGAAGUGAUCCCUUGGGAAGGGUGGUAUUUAGAGCAGGGACCCCUGAGUGGCAGGGUAGUAUCACUAGAGCUGGGGGCACGAGGCUGCUUUGGAGAGGUGCACAUAGACACCACCAGUGCCUGGGCUGCUGCUGCCAACAUCAUAACCGUGGCUGGCAGUGCCUGCUGAGGUGGUUGCGAACCCUACAGCAGUGCUGCUCUGCCCUGGGGCCAUAUCAUAGAAUAUCCUGAUUUGGAAGGGAUCCAUAAGGAUCGUCGAGUCCAGCUUCAUAUCGAAGGAGAUUCAUCGAUCCUUGUGCUCCUCCGCUGUGGAGCAGGGCAGGCAGGGUGCAGGUGACUCCUUACUGCAAAGGGCUCAUGGGUCAUGCAGGCUUUGGGGAGGAGGUUCCCCUUCCUCAGCCCCUGCUUCAUGAGCCUGCCAGCCCCCAGUAACAAUAAGCUCCAUACUUCACUGUGUGUCGAGGAGAACCUUUCAGGUCACAUUGUGUUGUGGGUGAAACACAAGGAUGUUUUACUUCACUCUGUAAUUUUAAAAGGCCUCGCAUGGCUCAUAAUCUGCCCUCUCAUAUUCCGUGGUGUGUGUGUGUGUUUUCUCUCUCUCACUUUCUCAGAGUCACAGAGCUGUUUUGAUUGAUUGUCCUCAGCUGCAGCUGAAAGUCCGGCCAGCCAGUUUAUGGAGUUGGUUCCAGCAUCAAUUCUCGCUUUGAAAAACAUGACAUUUAAAACCACCCUUUGGUUUUCCUACAUAUGGAUCUGAUGCUUUUGUUAAAGAUUGUUUUUGCUACUUUUCUCCUGGAAUAUAAGUCUCGUUUGGACACCGCAUCCUCUUGACCUCACAGCACCUUUAUUUCAGUGCCAUUGUAAUUGACAGGUUGAAUUUAUGAGAUACUGUCAAAGUUCAGUAUUAAUAGCAGAUAUUAAUGUCACCAGCAUUUUCCAAUAGAAAAUUAAUGUCAGUGUUGUCUGCAGCUAGUAACCCUCUAAAAUGAUUCCUGCGUGCCUCAACACUACAUGCUGAGUGCUUUCUUUUAUGCCUUUUGCUCUUGCAGUGCUUGGGCUGUCUAUUCCCUUUGUUUUAAUGACAUUACAAUAGGGCAUGCAACAAAUCACUUCACUUCCUCCUGAUUCUCCAUGACUUUGUUCCUUUAAAAGUCAUUUACGUCAGCCCAGAGUAAGUGUGAAUCCGUAUGGCCAGUGUGAGUAAAACCAGUGAUCUGCAUUGAUUACCACCGUGGAAGGUACUUGGAGGAGGAGAGGAACACAGAUACUGUCCAUCUCUGCAUCCCUCUUAGUGGACACAAGGCUUGGCCUGAUCAAGGGUAUUCUUAGAGAGAAGCCUGGUGGCCUCGGAGCAAGGAGGAGAGCCUGGGACUCCUGCCUGCAAAACAAAAAUCAGACUCUUUUCCAUUGAUUGUAAACUCAGUAAAGACGAAAGGGUUUUGGUCAGUACUCAGAAUCAUUUUCGGAUGUAACCUGAGCACAGGUUUGGCUGGGAGAGGCAUGAUUUGUGGGAUAUUAAGCCUUUCCCAGCAACCAUGCCCCACGCGCUGGUGUUGAGGCUUGAAGCUGUUCUUCCAAAAGCUCUUUUGUCUUCAGACAGUGCAGAACUGUGGGCAGCAAGCAGGGUGUUAGAUUGUCCCGAGUCAGGAUAUUUAAAUUGCAGAAGCAGCAGGUCUCAUGCCACGGACCUGAAACAAACCAAAACACCCCAGGGAGUAAAGAGGAGUGAAAAGCUGCCCAGAGCUGAGCACCGAGCCGUGGCUUGGACCAGCAGUGUGAAUUAAUUCCAGCACAGUGAGACAUUUGCAAGUCAGGGCCUCUCUGCUGCUCUCUUCUCAGCCACAGCAGUGGUGAUCUGGCUGUGUGAGACUUGCAUAGCCCAUCCUCAUGGCAGGAAGAGGGAGACCACAGGGGCAUGAUGUUCAUCAUUUAUUUUUCUCCAGUGUGCCAAAUUCCUUGCAACUCCUGAUGUUCUUGCAACCUCCUCCAUGCUUGAGGCUUUGCCAUUUCUAGAGGUCUUGAACUGUGGCUGGCUGGAAGGCUUCUUUCUGGGUCCCCAGUAGCCCACUGUCCCUUAAACUUGAUGGAGAAGUUGGAGAGCGUUUGCUGGUUAGCAUUUUUAAAGGCCAUCCUGCUGCGGUGGGUGGAACGUCCAUCUUCUCUGGAGAUUUUCCAGGUGGGCAGAAGUUGACUCAGGUAGCUUCAUAGUGUGUGUCUGCAUUGCUCCCUGACUUCUGUUGAGUUUAGUGGCAAGGAAGGAGGCAUUUCUCACUUGUUGAAGAGGCGGGGCUGCUGUUUCUGGAGGCGCUUGGUGGGUCACUACAUAGAAAUAGCACUUAAAAUAACUGAGUGCAGUUGAGCUCGCUGUUCUUUGACUGGUGGGGAAGGAGGUGGUUAUGUGCCCGUUGGGUCAGUGUUAGGUGCAUUUUGACUUGGUGGGAAGGGACUCCAGGGCCCUCACCCAUGUGACGUUGCAAUGCCCAGUUCCAAGGACAGAGACACCCACACACACAGCUUGAGCCAGGAUUUCUCCAUGUUUGCAGAAGCAAAGUAUAUACCUGAACAUUUCCCUUCUUUCCUAGACGUUUUGGAAGAGGAAAUCCCACUCGGCUAAUGCAGCAUUGCUUUAGUGGCUGGUCUGGUGUAGUUCAGACAAGGUUCCCACCAGCUCCCUUGUUUAAUAGGCCUCUUUUUUAUUAAAAACAAAACCCAAACUCCUCUCUCAGAAAAACCAGCCAAGAUGCUCUUUUUUUUCCUCUCUCUCUUCCAUCUUGUUCCUCUUAGAGGAACUCUGGGAGCCAGUCUUGGUGCUUUCACUCUUUCACAUGCCAAAGAUUGCUACAUCCCUCUUAGUUAUGCUCCUGCCAAACCAGAUCUUAUAGUCUUGCCUCAAGAAUCAUCCACUUCCCUGCUCCUUGGGGUUCCUUUUGUUGCUGUUGCUUUUUCAUUGAAUUUCCUCAUGUUUAUUGACAUGUCUAUUGUUGAGCUUCCUGGACACAUGCAGCUCUCUUUUUCAGAUACAGAAAAAGACAAAUAGUUGCCUUCGCUGGUCAGCCCCUGCUGUUGGGGAAAUACUGCUAGUGAUAUGAUUCGUGCAGGUGGGAAUGGCUCUCAUUUAAAGCUAGGGUCACGGAGGGUGUAAACUGGCAUUGCUCCAUUGGCUUUACUGGAAUAAGGCCAGUUUUGUACAGCUGAGAAUCUGUCCUUAAUGUCUAAACAGUUAUUACAUACUAAUAAAGAUUAAUGAUUGUAAAUCCCCAUGGAUUAUACAUAAAAUGGCAAGUUUCACUCAUUAAUCUUUAUUGCCAUAUUAUAGCUGUUUAUGUUAGAGGAGUUAUCUCUCUCUGCUCUGAGCAUGCACUUAGGAGGAAGGGGCUGAGUGUGGGGGAGAUGGCGGGUGGACAUAACAGACCAGAUGUCCAUGUGUUUUAUAGUCUGUGUCCUCUCCCCCAAGUUACUUAUUUCCUUGAAAGCCUUUAACCAGCAGCAAAGGAUGUAUCACAGAGCUUUGUCUGCUUCUCUGGCCUCUGGCUGAGCUAUAAAAUCCAGAUUGUUUCUGGUGAGAAGGGAUCAGAUCUCCUAAUUAAUAUUUCAGCUCAGCCUUUACUGGAGCAGAUGGAUAAUAUGAAAUCUGACGAGUGCUCUGGCAGGCCUGAGCUCUGCAGUGCACUGAGAUUCACUCUCCUGGACUGUGGCUGGAAGAGAUACUUUCUGGGCAGUCUGAAGCAAUGUUUCAGGCUGAAAGGAUGCAGCUCCUUCACAGAACCCCGCACUAUAAAAGCAGUUGAUUUUGUUAUUAAGGAGGGCCAGAAAAAACUUACUUGCAUCUGAUCUUUUGUGUUUGGAGAUGAGCAUAGAUUCAGCUUGGAGGUGGUGGUGCCAGUGGUCUACACUGUAUAAAUGAAAAGGUCUCUGAGGAGAGCGUAGCAAACUGCAAGAGUGGUUUUAAUGGCAAAGGGACAAACUAAGUGCUCUAUUGAGCAGCUGUUGUUUGUCCACUCUGCCAAGGAAGAGCUGGAGUUGAUCGAGGAGAGCUCAACAGACAGAGAGCAAUGGAUUUAGGUGACGCAUUUUGUCACGUGUCCCAAAUGCCACUGUGUCCCCACUGCCUGCAAAAGAAGCAAAAUCUAAAGCCCAGAAGAAAACCAGGGAAGAACUGCAAGUGAGCUGGUGGUGGUGCCUGCUGUGUGGCCUCAUGCGUUGCUGCUUCCCCCAUUGAGCUUGUCAGUGAGUUUCAUUGGGCAUGAAUGAUGGGAAAGGCUUGGGAGCUGCCUCUGUAGCUGAGAAAGAAGAGGGUAGAUAUUGUAAGGAGUAAAUUAGAUAUUCCCGUCUUUUGGUUAGUUAUGUUUAUAACUGCCACAGGAACAAAGGAAUCCUGCAGGGACCUGUGCUGCGGGCAGCGUCGUUCUGCUAGGAUUGUGGCUGUGUGACAUGGGUUGCAUGGCCUGCUUUAGUGCACUGCUGGAUGGCUGGCCAGCUCUUAGCCUCCAUUGGCCCAUUCCCUAAAGUCACAGUUACAUUUUGCAUGUUACUGUCUGGGAUUUUACUAGCAGCCUUUUUUUUUAGGCGGUUGGGCAGAGGGAAGGCAUGAGAAAGGAACCUUUGGGAGAAGAAGGUGCUGCCUGUAUGCUAUCCAGCACCUGCCUGCAGGUAUCCAGCCGAGGUGAGAGCUUCCCUGAGCCACUGGAAUACUCCCUGACACGUGUUCUUACUUCUCCUCCAUCUCAAGAAAAAUCCCUGCUGGAAGUGGAGCAGCCCCACGGCUCGCCCUUGCCGGCAGCCAGCCUGCGGGCCGGGCCGCGUUUCCUUCCUCGAAAGGCUCUUGGGUUUCUCUAAAUGAUGGGGCACCACUCCAGCAGCUGCGAGGUACCGCGGGGAUAAGCUGGGAAAUGCUUGGAAGCGUCUUGAAACGCGCUGGAAAUAGAGAUGGAAAUCUCGAAAGAUCAGACGGCUUUCGGCAAUUUCCAAAGCUGUGUGGUUUUAGCCAGACCUGAAAACCCUUCCUAGAAGUUUAUUUCGGGGUAUUUUGGUAUGUUACUUUCGCUUUUGGGCCCAGCUAAAUCCAGGAAGCUCAGAAUAGUGUAAUUUUAAAAUAGAGAAUAAACACACCCACCCCGAGUAUUGCUGAACAGAUCAGGAAAAUUCGUGUUUGGUUUCUCACAAAGGAAGAAUUCAGGCCAGCUCAGGGUUUAUCCUAAUGCAGUCUGGCUUUGCCCGAAAUUAUUACCCUUUUUGAGAAAGUAAGAGAUCAGACUGCGGUCUUUCCAUAAUGCCAUGACCCAGCUUGAAAGGGUCCGAAUCUGAUGAUGCCAGCAGGAGGCUGGAGACAAGUGCAAUGGGGAGAGGCAGCCAGCGCUGAGAGCUGGAGGGAGCAGGAUGGCCACAAGCACGUUCGUAGCCUCUAAAAACACAGGUAGAGGCAGAUCCUCCAGGGCUAUGCGUGGGGAAGGCAUCAGAGUCUGCCAUGUCAACUUUUUUUUGGUCUCUUCCUCUUAGAAGGAUCUUUCAGCCAUCUCAGAGUGUCCAGAAACAGUAUCUGAGUCUGUGGUAUCUCUCAGCUCAACUGCGUGCUUCUUUUCAGGAAGGAUACUGGGAAGAGUGGGAAGGGACCUGGUGUCUUCCAGUUAGACAGCCAGAGUGAAGAGGUGUAUAUUAAGUGCCUUGCAAGAGCCAAAAAGGUGUGUUUAAAGAAGAAUUACAGCCUGUGGCGUAGGCUGUCAGGAUUGAAUUUAUCGUAUACAGGUGCAGCUGCGGAAUUCUCCAUCCACAUUUUGCCCACAUUUAGUUGUGAGCCUUCUAUAAAUACAGAAUGAAUCACAGAAUGGCUUAGGUUUGAAGGGACCUUAAACAUUAUCUAGUUCCAACCCCCUGCUGUGGACAGUGUUGCCAUCCACCAGAUCAGGCUGCCCUUUAUCCCAUACAGCGGCCUUAGGCACCUCCCAGGAAAAUAUCUAAUAACAGCCCAUGCUGCUUGGUGGGCUUAAGUCAAGGUGGGGCUCUACAGACAGAAAAAAAGCCAUAGCAUCACCAAACCCAGAGUCUGGCUACAGACAUUGCCAUAUAAUGGGUGUGUUGUGAAUUUCCAGAGCUCUACCACCAUUUUGCUUCCUCUGCACUCAUGAGUUGAGCAGCUUGUGUUUGGUGGUGGCUGUCACCAUGCCACUGGGGCUGCUGGAAACCAUCACAGCAUCCACAACUGUUGGAAUUUGGCAUUUAUUUGUUAAUAGCAGUACACUGGGGGGAAGCUGCUAAAUGUAGCGUCUCACAAACUGAGGAUAUGUUGGAGUAAAACUUGUCAUUUUCUCUGUCUAAAAGUGUCCAAAGUCUUCAAUUUAUGGAAUGACGGUUUUAAUGGCAAAGAUCCGCAUUUGGCAUCAAAAUUUAUGAAAUUUGUAGAGUUUCUGUCUCAGCUUGUGAAAUCUGCUGUCUUGAGAUAGUGGGAAAUCUGUAGCGAAGAUAUUUCUAUGUAUUUUAAGCUAAAAAAUUUAAGGAGAACUGAGCUGAAUGGAAAAGUAACCACUUCCCAGAGGUGUGCUGGUGUUGAAGAGGGCACAGGCAAAAUGGCAGGUUGGAAGUCUUCUCUUUUUUAAUGUGUUCAAUGUUUAUAGCAGUUCAGAUUUUCUUUCAGUGACUUGGUUUGCUCUGGAAUUAGAGGUGAAGAUAAGUAAUCUUUUUUUUUUUUCAAAAAAUCUUUUUUUUUUUUUCACUUCCUCUUUAAGCAUCUUGGAGACUUCUGAAUAAACCUGCUCAAUUUCGUUUGGUUUUAAUAGAAGAAGCACCAGUUGGGUUGUAAUGGUUCUUUCCAGAGGGUUGUGAGUAGCAUCAGAGAUCAUUUUAGCUGCUAAAAUGCUUGGUGCUCCAACCCUGAGUGCACAAGUAUAAUCUGGUUUGAGAUGAGCUGGGUUAGUCCAAGCCUCCCUGUUAGGUUCUUCUGUAUCAGGAGCCUGGAGUUCCCCAUCAGCCCUCAGAUCAGAGAUGCUUGGGGCUGCCAGGAAUGCACUGGAAGUGCUGAGGGAUGGAGCACUGAUAAGCAGCAGAGGGGUGAAAUCCCAAACAUGAGGCCUGUAGGAGACUGGCAGAGGGCCUCCCAAACAUGCUCUUCUUGUUCUUUUCAUUCCCUUCCUCCUCUUUGCAAAUGUAUCUUGCUGCUGUGCUGCUUCCAAAGCCACUCAGGCCAUGCUGAUAAGGAACGCUGUGAUGCAUCUGUUUUCCAACAGCUUGCGUUGGUUUUCUGGUUUGUUUUUUCUUCCCCCUAUGCAUAAGAAGUGUUGGGUAGCAGAAUGUGGAUUUCAUUAGAAGUUCAUAAAGCAGGGACCUCAGAAGGAUGUGGGUAUAAAUGCUUUUCAGGCAUCUGAGGUGAACUUUAAAUGGAGCUUUGGCCCUCAUUUGCUUUCUGCUUUUCAAAUACCAUUUAUGAGAAAGCGGAGCUGUCAAAGCCAUGCAUGAACUUUGCCUUCUUGUGAAUAACUUGUCUCCAGUUGUCAGAAUGCACAAGAAACUUGUCUCAAAGUAAGUCCAGUAGCUCCACAAAGCUAUGAGCGUGUAUGCAUUUGUGUGCAGCUGGGUGGGAGCCAUUCUGCCAUUUCAGAGAUUUAAAAAACACAAUGCAAGUGUUUUUAAAAAGAGCAAUUAAAACAUUCUAUUUGUUGGCAAAAGUACAUCAGACCACAUCUCCCAUCGUUCUUUUAAUUGCUUCGUGUUUGUCUGUGUUGCCUUCGUCUUUGCUUGCUUGUUUCCUCUGCAGUGCAGCCCAGAGCCUCACACAGCCCCUCUGGCAGUGAAGGAGUGGGGAGGAAUGGGAAGUGGGGUGUUAGGGGAAGGGUAGGGAGUCAUUGUCACUUUUUAGCUUGUUGAGGUAGCUCUGUCCUCAUCAGAAUCAAAACUUCCCAUAUCCUAAUGUAAGACCCCAAGUCUUUGUGCAAGGAGAUGGAGAUAGGAAGCUUUGGGUCCCUGCCCUUCUCACCCUGGCUUGGGCAGUCCUUCUGAACACUGCUGGUGGUUUAUUAACAGCAGCAUCACGCUGGGGUCAGGCAAACACUGCAGAGUGCUUUGGUGGUCACCCACUGCCAGCCCCUGAGACCUCGUGUCAGCGCAGUCUGAAACACUUCUCUUAACCUGUGUUGUCUUCAUUCAUCUCAAAGCCGCUCCUUGUCCUAUGGAGGUGAUAAAUAGUAGGAAACUGACAGUAGGACCAUGUGCGUAAUGCUAGAUAGGCUUUUAUUUAAUGUUGUUUUAACGAGAUGCUUUUAGGACCCGUGUUGUACUGGAUUAAGGAUAUUGGUGGAACAGUUGAACUGGUAUUCCUUAACCUUUCCCUCUGCCCUCUUCAUAUGAAAGACAAAAUAGAUUGGGAGAACAUAUUUAUCUUGAAAAAGAGCCCACAACCCUGUUGGUAGAAUACAUUGAUCUUUACUAUACUUCAGUUUUAUUUCUCAGGAUAUCCAAAGGUUUAUCACUGCUGCUGAGAGAAGGGGACAGUACACCUUUUUGAAACUUCAACCACUGUAACCCAUUUUCCAGAUGUGUGUGUGCGUGUGUGUGUGUUCAACUCAGCACUGUGUGUGCGUGUGUUCUGCUGAUUAUUGUGUGCAUCUAUGAAAUGCUUCAAACAACUGCCUGGAAGUCAAAACCAACCACCUCUUUCCAGUCAUGUUUGCCGUGACUUUUCAUAACCACACUUGAACUAGUGGUCUUGGAUUAAAUAUUCAAAGAGCAGGGCAUCUUUAUAGCAAUGGUAUGUCAGUCAAAUUAAGAGAAAUGUACACAAAAAUAAAUAAAUUAAAUUUAAAAAUGA